AUGCAGGCCAUUUUAAGAAAAGGAGCAGAUAAGCGAAUAAAAACGGGCAAUAAAAGCAAUAAAUUGACUGUACGAAAGCAUCGUAAAUCAGAGGAAGAACUAUCAAAUGUUUCGGCUCCAGGUGGAGACCCAACUGACAACUCAACGGCAAGAAGAGCUGCAUCCUCGGCUAAUGGGGAAGAAAAUGCAAAGUUUAUUGAUCUCGAAAAUGGUUGGGAUGAUUCGGACAUUUCACCUUCAAAUUUAUAUGAUCUAUUUGAAAGACUGAAAAGUGAUGACCAGAUGGUGAGAACAAAUACUGCUAUGGAACUUAGAACAUCCAUCAUAUCGAUUGCCAGAGAAAUACCUACUGAUCAAUUCCAGAGAUUCAUCAACACACUAAACAAUAAAAUAUUUGAACUGAUUCAUGGUUCCAGUUCUAAUGAAAAGAUGGGAGGAAUCUUAGCUGUCGAUUCUCUUAUAGACUUUUAUUUAGAAAUCGGUGAACUAUCAAACCAGACAACACGUCUAGCGAAUUACCUUAGAGUACUAAUCCCUUCUAAUGAUAUAGACGUUAUGCGUUUGGCCACACAAACUCUUGGAAAGCUGGCACUUCCUCGAGGGACAGUAACUUCUGAAUUUGUUGACUUUGAAGUCAAAACCUGUUUGGAAUGGCUAACAGCAUCGACAGAUAACCCACCAUUAAACUUUAAACAGGAAUAUAGGAGACAUGCAGCAAUACUUAUACUUUACUCUCUUAUAGAAAACUCUCCAUAUUUGCUAUUUCCUUACAUCAACCCGAUAUUGGAUAAUAUAUGGGGUUCAUUAAAAGAUACAAAGCUAAUUAUAAGAAGAGAUGCCGCUGAAACUAUGAGAAAAUGCAUGGAAACUUUACAAUCCAGAGAUCCACAAAAUGCAAGAGAAUGGUAUCAAAGAUCGUUUUCUACAGCGACUCAAGGACUGAAUUCAAAUAACAUCGAAAGCAUACAUGCUACAUUAUUAACAUUCAAGGAACUACUUAAUCUGAAGGAUUCAUACAUCAAAGAUAAGUAUUCUCAGAUAUUUCAGGUUGUGAUAAAGUUUAGAGAUCAUAAAAAUGACAUUGUGAGACGAGAAGUCUACGCAAUACUACCACUACUUGCAAUGAAUGAUUCCGAUAUAUUUGCCAGUAAAUAUUUGGAUCCCACGAUGUCUUUUUAUCUCAAAGUACUGAAAGAUAUGGACAGCAGUACAGCCAACAAUGCAGAUAAAGAAGCGAUAUUUAUCUCUAUUGGAGAUUUAUCAGAAAAUGUGAGAUCAAAAAUGCACUCCUACAUUCACCAACUGGAGAUAAAUUUGAGAGAAGGACUACAAACAAAGUAUAAAAUUAGAAAACACUACGAAAAGGCAUUAUUCUAUUGCAUUAUCAAAUUAACUGCCGCUCUUGGUCCAGCAAUCGCUACAAAUAUCAAUAAAGGAUUUUUAGAUCUAAUAUUGUCAUGCCCUUUAUCGUCUCAUCUUUUGGAGGUUAUGGCUACCAUAAAAAAAUCUAUUCCAGCACUAUCAACAAGCAUUGAUAAAAGGCUAAUAGAAAUUGUUCACGCAUAUUUAUCUGGGGAAAGAUACAACGAUGGAACCAAUUCUCAAAUAAUGAAAACGGUAUCAUUACCGUUGGCCAGGAAAUGGAGAGAUAGGGAUUACUGUUGGAAAACCGGUGACCAAAAUUCCGAUAAUAACGACGACUUCUUACUUGUUCAAACUCUGAAAAUGGUUGACAUAAUUGACCCGAAACACUUGGUUUCAGAACACACAAAAAUGUCUAUAAUUGCUUACAUUGAACAUACUCAUGAAACAGUAAGGAAACUUGCUGCAUUGAAGUCUGUCGAACUAUACAAGCUUACAGAGGCCAACCUACCAGAUGAUGAACAUGCCCUUGAUACAUCUGCUACAGUUCUAGGCAAACUUCUUGUUCUGGCAAUAACUGAUCCAAACUCAAAUAUACGGUUAAGUAUACUACAAUCUUUUGACUAUCAUUUUAGCUCUCAAUUAGCACAGCCAGAUAACCUUAGACUACUAUUUUGCUCAGUGAACGAUGAGGUAUAUACAAUCAGACUGGAAGCUAUAAGAGUAAUAGGUGCUCUUACAGAAUUCAACCCCAUAUAUGUUGUGCCAGAAAUGCAAAAAAUAUUUCUUAGCUUUUUGACAGAAUUGAAAUAUUCUGCUACAAAUAGAAAAAAAGAAAAUAUGCUAACUUUGAUCCAUGCUGUUAUAAAUUCUCAUCCUGAUACUUUAGUACCGUUUAUAAAAGAUUGUCUUGAUAGUCUAAUACAAAGAUUAGAAGAUAAUUCAUCUGCUGUAGCUACAAUAGCCAUGAAAACUAUCGGUGCAUUGGCGGAAGCAGUGGGACCUGAUAUAACCAAUUAUGUUCAUCAACUAAUGCCAAUAAUCAUAUCGACAUUACACAAUCAACUAAAUUCAAUAAAAAGAGCGACAGCUAUAAAAACAUUGAUUCAGAUAUCAAGCUCGACUGCUUAUGUGAUAGACCCACUAAUUGAGUACCCUGAACUCCUUGGACUAUUAAUGAAUAUUCUAAAAACCGAAUCAAAUAUGGAAAUAAAACGUGAUAUCAUCCAAUUGAUCGGUACACUUGGUGCUAUCGAUCCAUACAAAUACCGAGCAGUUGAGACUAACUCUAAAGGCGUUCAGAAAAUUGACACAACCCAGCAUUCUACAGCCAUUGAUUUACUGAUAAAAGGAAUGUCACCAUCUAAUGAAGAGUUUUAUCCUUCUGUAGUGAUGCAUAGUCUUGUGAAAAUAUUGAAUGACAAUUCAUUAUCUUCGUAUCAUACUAAUACCCUUCAGACGAUCAUGCGUAUCUUUCAGGAUAUGGGAGUCCAAUCAAUCAUAUUUCUGAAAAUAUUGGUCCCAGCAAUAAAAUCAGUGGUGAAAACAUGUCCACCAUCUCAUUUGGAGUUUUAUUUCCAGCAGUUAUCAGUUCUAGUUAAUACUGUUAAUCACCAUAUUGAACCUUUCACCGAAGAUAUAUUUGAAAUCAUUGCUGAUCAUUUCUCAAUCACUAAGUUACAAGUCGUCAUUAUCUCUCUUAUCGAGUCGAUGUCACAUUUAGUGAAAAAUAACCUAAAGAGAUUCCUUCCUAAGACAGUAAAUUUAUUUUUGAACGUGUUAGAAAAUGAUCGCUCAAAUCAAAAAAUGGCUUCCGUUUCCAUUAUGAAAGCAUUAAUAGCGUUCGGAAAAAAUUUAGAGGAUUAUUCACAUUUAAUUAUUCCUACCAUCGUCCGAAUAUGCGAGUAUUCACAAAAUCAUUUGAGAAAAAUCUCCAUUGUUACAUUUGGAAAAUUGGCAAAAUGUAUCAAUCUUACAGAACUAUCUUCAAUGAUUAUCAAUGCCCUUGUAAGAGUGUUGACAAAUGGCGAUAAGUCUCUAAUAAAGGUCACUAUGAAUACUCUCUGCCUGUUAUUACUGCAGCUCGGGAAUGAUUUUGUCGUGUAUAUACCAACCAUUCAUUCUGUUUUAAUCAAAAAUAGAAUCCAACACUCUAUUUAUGAUCAAUUAGUUAACAAACUAUUGAAUGGUGAAGUUUUGAACACUAAUAUCUUACUUGAUAAAGAUUCUGAGGAAAAGAACAAGAAUAUAAACUUACAAAACAAUCCCAGAACUGAAAAAUUUGUCGUCGAUCAACAAAUAUUAAAAUCGGCAUGGGAUUGCUCUCAGCAGAAAUCCAAAGAAGAUUGGCAGGAAUGGUUUCGAAGGUUAUCUGUUCACACUAUUCGGGAGUCCGCUUCACCAUCACUGAGGGCGUGUUCUAAUCUUGUCAGUGUUUAUAACCCAUUGGCACGAGAUCUAUUCAAUGUUUCAUUUUCAAGUUGCUGGAAUGAACUUAAUAUAGGCUCACGGGAGCAUAUACUGAACUCAUUAUGUAGCGCUUUAUCCUCGCCGCAAAAUCCAACUGAAAUAUACCUAAUCUUGAUUAAUCUUAUUGAGUUUAUGGAACAUGACAUGAAUCCUUUGCCGAUUCCAGCAACAAUUACAGGAGAAUACGCUCAAAAAUGCAAUGCUUUUGCAAAAGCACUGCACUAUAAAGAAACUGAAUUCAUUGAAAACGAAAAACCAUGUAUCAUAGAGUCUUUGAUUGACAUAAAUAACCAGUUACAUCAACCAGAUGCUUCAAUAGGUAUCCUAAAGUAUGCCCAACAGCAUUAUAAUCUCCAAUUGAAGGAGACGUGGUAUGAGAAACUUCAAAGAUGGGAUGAUGCCUUACAGGCAUACACUGAUCGUGAAAAAAAUGGGGAAGACACACCAGAAGUCCUUAUGGGUAAAAUGAGAUCCCUGUACGCGUUAGGAAAUUGGAGUGAAAUUGCUGAUCUUGCAAAUGACAAAUGGAACACUGUUCCUCUACAUAUUCAGGAAAAACUUUCACCCAUAGCUGCAGGAUCUUCAUGGGCGCUACAUAAUUGGGAUGAUAUCGAAAAAUAUUGUUCCAUAUUACAGGAUAAUUCUAUUGAUAAAGAAUUUUUCUCAACUGUCAUGUGCUUGCACCACAACAAUUUUGAAGAAGCUGAACAACAUGCCGAUAAUGUAAACAGUUUACUUGUUGGUGAAAUGUCUGCCUUGAUUAAUGAAAGCUAUAGUAGAAUAUAUAAUUCUGUUGCAAAAUGCCAAACAGUUGCAGAAUUAAAGGAAAUUAUAAAAUACAAACGUCUUCCGCGUAUGUCGCCCAAACGUAAAGCGAUGAGAGAAACCUGGAACAAAAGGCUGCUAGGUUGCCAACAAAAUAUCGAUGUUUGGCAAGUAAUCCUAAAGACUAGAUCUUUGGUUGUUAAUCCUGAAGAUGAUGAGGAAAUUUGGAUAAAAUUUGCCAAUCUCUGUAGAAGAAACGGAAGAAUGAAUAUGACUAGAGAUGUACUAAAUUCUCUUCUGAAAUUCAAUGAGAUGUCUGAGAACCCAGAUAUUUUACAGGCUAGUCCCGAGGUCGUUUAUUCCUAUUUGAAGUACAAAUGGGAUACAGGAGAAAAAAACUCUGCCUUGAAUCAGUUGGCUAUAUUUAUAGGCAAAGUUAUCAGAGACUUGGGCCUACACCCUGAACACAUUAUCUCUAAUAAGACGUUCCAAUCAAAGACUAACAUAUCUCCCAAUGAAAGACCAAAAUAUCAGAAAUUACUUGCCACAUGUUUUGCGAAACAGGGUGAUUGGACUAUCGCCCUUGAUCCUAACUGGAGCAAUACAGAUCCGGGGUCAGUUUUAAGUUCCUAUCUUCUGGCAACUCAUUUUGAUCCGCAAUGGUACAAAGCUUGGCAUAACUGGGCUUUAGCCAAUUUUGAAGUAAUAUCCAUGAUGUCAUCCACAAACAAGGAUACCAAUUACCAAAAAAGUAAUGCUCCAAUAACAAGCUUCUACCAAAUAAGAAAUAAUAUUUUCGAAAAGAACGGCGAAACUCCUUAUUACAAUCAAUUUCCAUCAAGACUCAUAAAUAAUCAUGUCGUUUCUGCUAUAAAAGGGUUUUUCCAUUCAAUCGCACUGUCCGAUUCAAGUCUAUUGCAAGAUGCAUUACGUCUUUUAACUCUAUGGUUUACUUUUGGAAGUACUUCUGAAACGACACAGGCGAUGCAGGAGGGUUUUAAUAUGGUUAAGAUCAGUACUUGGCUUGAGGUUUUACCCCAAUUAAUUUCGCAUAUACAUCAGCCAAACCCUCUCAUUAGUCGUGCACUUCUUACUUUACUCUCAGAUUUGGGUAAAGAACAUCCGCAAGCGCUUGUAUACCCUUUAACAGUUGCAAUAAAAUCAGAAUCUUUAUCUCGACAAAAAGCAGCUAUUUCAAUUAUCGAUAAUGUUCGCUCUCAUAGCCCAGUACUUGUUGACCAAGCUGAACUAUUAAGUCGUGAGUUGAUUAGAGUAGUGGCCUUAUGGAACGAGAUGUGGUAUGAGGGUUUAGAAGACGCGAGUCGACAUUUCUUUGGAGAGAAUGACAACACGAAAAUGCUUGAGACACUCGAACCACUAUAUGAGCUCUUGAAUAAAGGCCCAGAGACCAUACGCGAAAUAUCCUUCAAGUACGCUUUUGGAAAAGAUCUCACCUAUGCAUAUGAAUGGGUAAAAAAAUACAAAGAAACAGGUGAGGUAAGUAACCUAAACCAAGCAUGGGACAUUUAUUAUAGCAUUUUCAAGAAGAUAAACAAACAGCUACCACAAAUGGAAACAUUAGAAUUGCAACAUGUUUCACCUAAACUUUUAGCUGCGAAGAAUCUUGAGUUAGCUAUGCCUGGAACUUAUAUCCCUGGUACUGAAAUAGUUACAAUAGAGAGUGUGAAUGGUACAUGUGAAGUUAUAUCUUCUAAACAAAGACCUAGAAAAAUAGCCUUAAAAGGAAGUGAUGGUAAAGAGUACUUAUAUGUUCUGAAAGGUCAUGAAGAUAUCAGACAAGAUAGCCUUGUAAUGCAAUUAUUUGGUUUGGUUAAUACACUACUACAGAACGAUAUCGAAUGUUUCCAGAGGCAUUUGGAUAUCCAACAGUACGCGGCAAUACCAUUAUCCCCUAAAACAGGUCUUCUUGGGUGGGUAACUGAGAGUGAUACCAUUCACGUGCUGAUUAAAGAUUAUAGAGAUGCAAAGAAAAUGCCACUGAAUAUUGAACAUCUAGUUAUGCUUCAAAUGGCACCGGAUUAUGACAGUCUCACUCUAUUACAAAAAGUUGAGGUCUUUAAGUACGUUCUAGAUAAUACUCAAGGGUUUGAUCUUUAUAACAUAUUGUGGUUAAAAAGCAAAUCAUCUGAAACGUGGUUAGAGAGACGUACUACAUACACCCGAUCUUUAGCGGUUAUGUCUAUGACUGGAUAUAUUUUAGGACUGGGUGACCGUCAUCCAAGCAACUUAAUGCUUAAUAGGAAUACAGGGAAAGUAGUACAUAUUGACUUUGGUGAUUGUUUCGAAGCUGCAAUUUUGAGAGAAAAAUUUCCAGAAAAAGUACCUUUUAGAUUAACUAGAAUGUUAAUCAAGGCCAUGGAGGUAAGUGGUGUUGAAGGUAGUUUCAGAAUAACAUGCGAGAAUGUAAUGAGAGUGUUACGUGAUAAUAAAGAUUCCCUAAUGGCAAUACUAGAAGCAUUUGCAUUUGAUCCUCUUAUUCGGUGGGGAUUUGACCUACCCACAGAACAAAUUAAAAAAGAGAAUGACAAGCACUUCAAGGCAACUGAAUCUAUAUAUGGUAUUGACGAAGCUUCAUCAAUGAGCAACAUAACUACUACGUCAGUGAAGGACAAGAAAAGAGAGUAUAUCAACACUAGGGCAGUUUUAGUUUUGAAGAGAAUAUCAAGCAAGCUCACAGGUAAUGACAUUCCAAAACACGAAGAUCUGGAUGUUGCAGAACAGGUAGAUCAUCUAAUCGAACAAGCUAAGUCUGUUGAAAAUUUAUGCCAACACUACAUUGGAUGGUGCCCAUUCUGGUAA